CUCACUUUUUUUGUCUCCUUUUCUCUUUAUGUCUCAAUUACAAGCAAAUUCGCCUCCAAACACUCCCCAUUUCUUGCCUCAAUUUGAUUCCUGCUCAGAAAGCACAAACAACAACUCUGCAGUAAAGCGUAGUAGAGAUCAUGCUCAGCAGUCAUUAAACAAUCAAUUUCAAACACUCACUUGUGAUUCUUAUCCUCAAUCCCCGCCUAGAACACCAUUAGGCUCUCUGUCUCAUGAUUUAUCCACUCAUGUAAAUCUUUCUGAGAAAAAAGAACACUUGGAUCAUAUAGAACCGCAGCCGAAGAGACGGUCAUCUGCCAAAUUCGAUUUAAAUGAUUUCAAAUUCAUACGAACCUUGGGUACUGGUUCAUUUGGCCGAGUACAUCUUGCUCAAUCAGUUGUCAACAAGCAAUACUGUGCUAUCAAAGUCCUUAAAAAGAGAGAUAUUGUGAAUGCAAGACAGGUGGAACAUACAAAGAAUGAAAGAGCCGUUUUGGUAAAGAUGAAGGACAACUUUAUGGUUAAUUUGUGGGGUACAUUUCAAGAUGACACAAACCUGUAUAUGGUGUUGGACUUUGUAGCUGGUGGUGAACUUUUUUCGCUCAUGAGGAAGCGCAAAAAAUUUGACGAGGAUACAGCCAGAUUUUACGCAGCAGAGGUUCUCUUGGCCAUUUGUCACCUUCAUCAAAACAAUAUCAUCUAUCGGGAUCUAAAGCCCGAAAAUAUUCUACUCGAUGCUCAAGGUCACAUCAAGCUGACAGAUUUUGGUUUCGCUAAAGUAGUGCCAGAUAUUACAUGGACGCUAUGUGGAACUCCAGAUUACCUUGCGCCAGAAAUCAUUCAAUCAAAAGGCUACGGCAAAGCCGUGGAUUUUUGGGCCCUGGGUGUUUUAAUAUACGAAAUGUUGUCAGGAGUUGCACCAUUUUAUGAUGAUAACCAAUUUAGACUAUAUGAAAAGAUUAUCACCUGUAAACCUGUUUAUCCUUCUCACUUUAGUCCUGAGGCUACCGAUUUACUCAAACAUCUUCUCACACCGGAUCUCAGUAGUCGAUAUGGUAACUUAAAAGGGGGACCACAAGACCUCUUUCAGCAUCCUUGGUUUCAGCCUAUUGACUUUGACCAACUAGCAAAGAGACAGAUAAAACCACCUUAUAUUCCCCAGGUCAAAGAACCCGGGGAUUCAAGUAAUUUCGAUCAUUACGAAGAAGAAAAGGUACCUUAUGGUCAACCUCAACAUGACCCCUUCCGUAAAUAUUUUACAGAAUUCUAAAUGGCUGCGUAUAUUUCCUCAUUUGAUGUAUAUAUAUAUAAUAUGAACUGUUAAUAAAUGACAUCUACACACAUCCCUUAACUCUAUGUAAUGAUAUCAUAGCUCCCUGAUUAGGAAGCAGUUCUUGUUUUGAUCCCAGAAAUGCAACUCGGCCAUUAAAACAUGGUUAAUUCAUGAUUACUUUAAAUGGAAUAGUAACAAAAGAAAUGACCCGAUUUGUGUCUUGUUAUAAAAAAGACUUGCCUUAUUUUGUUUUUCCAAAGUCUACUUCUCCAUUAGCUAAAGCAAGUCAAAAAAUAGCUAAAAGGAAGGCAAAGCCUUUAAGGGAAGCAAAUGUAACCCUUUUUCUGCUUCCCUACUUUUUUCCAGUAUUUCCCUUUAGUUUUGCAGAAAAUCAACUGAUUCUUUGACAGAAAAUAAACUAUGAAACCAAUAAAAAGCGGGCAAUAAUGCGGAAAUUGAAAAAGGUGGCAACAGAAAUAACUUUUUCCUUGAUCG